AUGAUUACUGUGAAAAAGGAUUCCGAGGUGAUGACCAACUACGUGGCCGCCAACCCGGUCCCGGCUGGCGAGUCAUUCGGGGUCUUCCACGACCAGCAAUGGCAGCCCGCCGUGUUCGCCCUGGGAGAAGAUAGCAUCCUCAGCCUGAUUAUUACCGUGGGCCGGGAGCCCCAGAAGUAUGACUUUGCCAAGCUGUCAGGUCUCUUCUCUCAAGAUGUCAAGGUCCAAGCGUUUGCCGUCCUCCAAGCCACGGACGGCAGUCUGGAUAUCUGCAUUGCCACGGAAGCGAGCAAUACAACCUCAAACUUCUAUCUGCUGCACAAUAUUACCUUGGACGAGAUCCCAGGCACGGUGCCAUCGGCCAAAGUCAUCCAAGGGACCUUCCCGACGGUGGAUCAUAUAUAUAUGGGACACAAACCGAGUGACGCAGAGCGAGCGUUGCCGCUGAUCAUGGUGGCGUUCCAACGAGCAGAUCGGUUGACCAAGACAGAGGACCUCAACUACGUCAAGAUCGAGAGGAAGAAGGCCACCUUGGUGGAACACUGGAGCCUGCCAGUCAACCCGGAAAAGAUUCUGGAUGUGACCUUGGUCACCUGCCUGAUGGGCGAUGGAGUGAUGGUGCUGUAUCAAGGGUUCUCCGGGGAGAAGUUUUUGGUGUUCAAGGUGCUGGCCGCAGACGACGAUGACAGUGUUGGGUUCCAAGUCCAGGUUCCCUGUCCGGAAGGGGCGACUUGUCUGGCUUCGUUCCUGGACCCGGCCAAGGGGUGGACGGUUGUGUUGGUGGGCGGCAAGGUGAUCACCGCGUUGGCCUACAAGGAUUACAGUUCGUCCAAGGGCAGUGCCGGCACGGUGAUAGACAGCCUGAAGCAGAUCAGUGACCUCAAGGAUCUGCACGUCUCGCAGACCGGGGAGAAUCUUCGGCUCUGGUAUACUACCGUGGCCGACGCAGUCUACUACUACACCACUAAGACCACGGCUCUCCCCGAGGGCGUAGUGAUUCCUCUCCUCGCGAAGGGACAAGGAGGCCGGAUCUCCAGCCUUCUGUCCAGCCGACCCGCCGACGGGGAUAGCAAGCUUCUGGUCAGCAGUCUGCUGUCCGUGGACGAAACCGGAAACCUCUCGCUUCUACAGCAGGACCCUGCCUCCCAGGUGUGGCAGCAGUACCCGUUCUGGCACGCCUCCGAAGAGACCAUCACCGAAGUAAAGGGGUCGAUGGUUCGUCUGCACACGAUGGUCACCAACGACGGCGACGGGGACGCGGCCGACCUCCUCCCGGGCUGCUGGCUGCGUGUGAGCUGUUCCGGCGUCGUUCGGUGUAUCGUCAACGGUCGCCACACGACUCUCUCUCCCGCGGCAGACUGGUACCAGACCGAUGCGAAGGGCGUCUUGAAUAUCCUCCUGCAGACUGACGACGCGACGAUCCACCAGUUCGCCGCCGACGCCUACCGUCCCGCGCAGAAACCAUCGCAGCCCUUGUCGUCGGCAGCAGCAGCAGCAGCGGGCGAGCGAGCCCUAACGGAUCCGAUGCUUGAUCCAUCCCAUAAGAUCCUCCCCAAGAUCCAGGACAUCAAAACCGGCGAGCAGGUCAAGAACCUGAAGAAGCCAGACGGGACCCCUUUGUUCGAGAAAGCCCCCGACGAUCCGGACGGCGUCGCAAAGAUCUUCCAACAGCUCGUCGCCAGUGCGAAUGAUCUACAUGCGCAGGAGAAACAAAAGCUGCAAACAUACCACGCAACGAUUACCACUCCAAGUCGCAGUACCCCCGUGCCGUAUGGUUUCUGGUCCGACAUAGGGGACGCCUUUGCUGGAGCGUGGCAUUGGCUCACCUCAGUUGCGGAGGAUGUCUGGGACUGGACCUGCGAUCUUGUCGGCGGCGUGUGGAAGUUUAUCGUCAAGAUCGGUGAGGAGAUCUUCGAGAUCGCCCUCAACACCAUCACCUCGAUCGUGAAAGGCGUUAUCUGGGUGUUCAAGAAGAUCGGCGCCGUGAUCAAGGAUAUUAUCGAGUUCAUCAGUUACUUGUUUGAGUGGGGCGACAUCCUGGACACAACCGACAGUAUCGCCGCGGGGUUCACCGCGGCCCUGGACUAUGGGAAGGAGGCGCUGGACGCGGCAGACCUCGACGCGCACAAGUGGUUGGAGAACGUGCGCUCGACCAUCCUGCAGAAUCUCACCUCUCUGCAGUCCAACGACUACAACGGAGCGCGGCUGGGGGGCAGCGAUAGCAAGAACAAGACCACUAUCGCAUCUAGCACUGCCAGUGACACAGAUGGCAAGGCAGACCAGGGCGCCGAUGAGGAUGAAGUCAAGGCGGCAGUGCCCUAUAACUGGUCGACGUACUACUUCACCUACGGUGGCGGACCGACGAAUGCGGUGCUGCAAGACGACAGCAGCACUAAAACCUUCGCGACAGGAGGCACGACUGAGGACCAACUCGUGAAGCUGUGGCAGGAUGUCCAGGACGAAGUGCAGAUCAUCAUGAAGACGGUGACGAAUGUGGCCAAGGAUUUGGUCGAAUUCUUCAACCCCGCCAACUUCAGCGUGCGGGAGGUGAUGGCCAAGGUGGGCGUGGACCUGGUAAACGGGAUGAUCGACGCGGUGGAGAAGCUGUCCGAUAUCCUGUUCGAUGCCCUGAAACUGGGCAUCGACCUCGUGCAGGACCUGGCAACGAAGGAAAUCAACAUCCCCGUGAUAACGUGGCUCUGGAAGAACGUGAUCGCCCGGGGCCGGCCCCUGACGCUGCUGAACUUCUGCGCGCUGCUGAUCGCGAUCCCGACCACGGUGCUGUACAAGGCAAAGAAGAAGCGGGCGCCUCCUAAGUUAUCCGGGCGGUUGACAAAGAGUACCUUCAGCCAGUACAUUGAGGGCCAGGGCGAUACAUCGCUCGCGGCGGAUAUCCGAGGGUUCAGUGUCGCCGCGGAGUCGGGCGUGCUCCUGAUUGAGACCGAGUUUGACAUGCUUUCGCUGGGGCUCGAUGGCGCCUUCGAGGGACUCGGGCUCGAAUCUAUCCCCUUUGGACCGGUGGAUAGUAUCAUGAAUGUCUUUGAUUCGGCGUCCCUGACCUUUGCCGCCGUAAACGGAUUCACAACCUGGCCUGUGGGAGGUGGCGCGACGUCCGCCGCCUCCUACUCUUCUGGACUGACCACUGCCUCGCUUGACACCAAACACGCCAUCAAAUACGCGGGCUGGGCCCUCACGGGCGCCAAGUUCACCUCCGGCACCGUGGUCAAACUCGUGGGCAAGAAGAUGAAGCUGGAACGACCAGUAGUCAAGCGGUGGAAGGGGACCGUCAGUGCCGUGCUGUCGGUGCCGUCGCUGUGCCUCGGGCUCACAGGCGAUAUCAUGGACGCCACCGCCGCAGAAAAGAACGAGGUGCUGAUUGUGAACGGGUUCAUCGAAACGAUCGCCGGGUUCGCCGGCACCUGGGGCAAAGCCGUGGCGCAGUGGAACGACGAGCUCGAAAAUUAUCUGAUGUAUAUCGGGCUGGCCGUCUAUCAGGUCUGUCGGGUGGUCAAGUAUGGGUUGAAGGUGGAGGACUUCGCGAUCGAACACCUGGACUGA